AUGAAGCGACACGGAGAGGGGCCCCUUUUCCCAGAUUAUGUGGACGAUUACCUGCAGCAGCAACAGCAGCAGCAGCAGCAGCAGCAGCAGCAGCAGCAGCAGCAGCAACAGCAAGAAAAUGGUCCAGAUGUGUCGGGACUUUCGUGCGGCACAUCUUAUCGCCCUGAGGAGGCGCUGCUGCGCUUGGGCUUGCCCGAGGACUUGCUGCUGCUGCAGCAGCAGCAGCAGAAGCCGCUGCUGCUGCAGGAGUAUGAAGCGGAAGCAGCAGCAAAAGAGGAGCUCAGCAGAGCAGAAGCUGCAUUAGUGGGGGGAGAAAUCUGUCUUGAGAGAGAUGAAAGAGAGCACCGGCGGCAGCUGAAGCUGCAGCAGCUGCUGCAGCAGCAGAGACAGCAGCAGCAGCAGCAGGAACAGGAGGAGGCAGAGGCCUACAGGCGAUACAGGGAGAGACGCAGGCUGCAGAAGCAGCAGCAGCAGCAGCAGAAACGUGAACAAAAACAACUGCUGCCAGCAGCAACAGCAGCAAAGCAGAGACGGCGCAGCAGCAGCAGCAGCAGCAGCAGCAGCUCAGACGACAGCGUCAUUCUCAUCGACCCGCCUGCAGCUUUGGGCAGCAGCAGCUGUCCUGAUUCCAUCACAAGCAUCAGCAGCACCAGCAGCAGCAGCAGCAGGUGGCAGCUUGCUGCAGCAGCAGCUGAUAGGGGGCCCCACCUUUCUCUCAGGGAGCUGAAGGCUUUGGAGGAAAAGUCCGAAAAGCCCCAAACUAUUUGGGACUCUGAGCGCAUGCAUGCAAGCGGUGCUGCUGCUGCGAGGCCUCUUUUAGCUGCUAGGCCCAAGAGGAAGGCGGCAGCAGCAGCAGCAGCAGCAGCGCGAGCUGCCCAGCAGCAGCAGGCAGCAGCGGCUGGCAGCGGCAGCACCAGCAGCACCAGCAGCAGCGCAGUAGCAGCAGACGCGGGGGCCGCCACGUCCUUCCCGGUAGAGCAUCGACGCCGAAAGAAGGCAGUAGAGGCAGCAGCAGCAGCUUCUGCUGCUGCAGUUGCUGCUGCUGCUGCUGACAACACAGGAAAGAGAGGGACUGAGUUUUCAGUGUAUGUUGAAGGACUGGACCAGCCGCUGCUGUUUUCUGCUGAUGCUGCAGCACAGACACAUGCUGCAGCGGACAGCAGCAGCAGCAGCAGCGACGAGGAGGGGAGUGGGGAUGCAGAGAAGCGCGAAGAAAGGAGGCUGCUGCAGCAACAGGAAGAGGAGUUGCUGCUGCUGCAGCAGCAAGACAGGCUGCUGAUGCUCUGCAGGCAAAAGCCACAAGAUGUGACGCUGUGGGUGCAGCUGGUGGCGCUGCAGCAGCAGCUACUGCAGCAGCAGCAGCUGCUGCUGCUCUCAGCUGCAGAUCCUGAGCAGCUUCUGCUUCGGCAGCAGGAUGUUCUUGACAUGGCCUGCGGCCGAGAGAAGGGUGCAGCAGCAGCAGCAGCAGCAGCAGCACCGCCCGUGGUUGUGCUCAGACGGCUGCUGCUGCUGCUGCAGACAAAGACCCCCUUGACAGCUCCGGCGUGGCGGAGAACAGCAGCACUAAUUGGGAAGCUUAAUGCUUCGCUGAACCCCAGCAGCAGCAGCAGCAGCAGCAGCAGCACGCAGACCACGCUUUCGCUUGCACGGUGUCUCUGCAGCGCAGCCGCUGCCUCCUCGCAGUACUCAGAGGCUUCGACACGCUUGCUGUUUGCCGAUUUGCUGCAUGCUGCUGCAGAAGCUCUGAGAGGAUCAUCAUCAGCAGCAGGGUCAUCGGCAGCAGCGGGAUCUGCAGCUGCAGCAGCAGAAGCACCAGCAGCAGAUAACUAUCGCACUUGUUUAGCGCUGCUCCAAGAAGUCCUCUUUAGCUUCAUUUUGCCCCUCGAAGUAAAAGCAGGCCGUGUGGCUGUUGCAGCAGCCACGUUGCAGGCAGUCGUCCAGUUAGCGCUGCUGCAUGUGCUGCAGCAGCAGCAGCAGCAGGAACAGCAGCACCAGCGCCCGAAUGAAUCAAUCAUAGAGCAGUUAAAGCAAAUCUGGACAGCAGUAGAAGGAUCUCAGGGGUCUCGUGCUGGGGAAAUUGGGUGUAGGCUCCAGCAGCAGCAGCAGCAGCAGCUGUCGGGCAGCAGCACAGUCACUAAGGUUUAUCUGCAGCUCUGUGAACUUGUUGACACAGCCGUGGCGUCGCUGCAUGAGGCUCAAAAAGAUGCGCAAGAAGAGCUGCUGCAGGCGGCAGGAGACCGCUUAGCUGCUGGCAGCCACAGCAGCAGCAACAGCAGCAGCAGCAGCAGCAGCAGCAGCACAAGCCACAGUCAGGAAGGGGAGCUGCAGGGAUUCGCUGCCUACUUUGCCGCUGACUUUGCUGUUGCUAAUUGCUCGUGGAGAAGCCGCACUGCGGGGAGCUGUGUAACAUCCGAGGCAGCAGCAGCAGCAGCAGCAGCAGCUGAAGCAGAGGCAGCUGCUGCAGGUAAGACUGCAGCAGAUGCAGCCAUUGCAGCGGCUAAAGACGCAGCAAAAGUGGGAGAAGCAGCAGCAGCAGCCAGUGCUGCAGCGUCAGCAGCAGCGACAGACCCAUCGUUCACUGCCAUGGAAGCCAUGAGGCGUGCUGCAGCUGCUGCUGCUGCGGCAGCGCAAGUAGCAACGAAGUCCGCCCUUGAAGCAAGAACUGCUGCCUCAGCAGCAGCAGCAGCAGACCUCCGGAUGCCUUCGCCGUACUGCGCCUCAGGGGACCGCAUGCAGCCAUCAAAGCAGUGGGAGCUGCUGCAGCCAGUUCUUGCUGCAGCAGAUGCUGUGCUCUCUUUUGCAGCUGCCCGCAGCGUCUCGUGCUGCAGCAGAACAGGGCCAGGCGUCCGCAUAGCCGUCAGAUCCGCAGCUUCAGCAGCAGCAGCAGCAGCAGGUCCCGCUUACAGCAUUAUCCUUGGAGCUUUAGACUCCCUGUGCUCCCCCACUUUGCACAGGUUUCCUUCAGGCCACCCGCGCAUGCAGCGGGGAGACACAGCAGCUGCAGCAGCAAUGGAUGCAGCCAUGCUUAGGGCCCUUGUACUCCGGCUGCAGCAACAGGCGCGCUUCGCGGCCGCAGACUCACUGCCCAGCAGCAGCAGCAGCAGCAGCAGCAGGAACAAUGGGGGUGUCCCCUUUUCGUUUUGGUGGCCGCUACCUUCUUUGGUGCCUGCUGCAGAGGCCACGCUGCUGAAGCAGCAAACGCGAAACGCCACUAGCUGGCUAUCUACUCAGGGGCUGCUGCGGUGGGCAGUUCUGCAGAAUGAGCAGCAGCAGCAGCAACAGCAGCAGCAGCAGCAGCAGCAAGCCGAUCCGGGGUUGUUAGAUGCAGCAGUCGGAGAGGCCACAACUCCUCAGGCCUUGGCUGCCCUCAUAUGCUCACAGGCCCUUUUGGCGUUUCCUGACGACCGCCUGCUGCUUUACUGCGCGUUGUGUCUCUGCCCAUCCCCCAAGACCUUCCGGCUGGUGCUCAAGCGGAACGAGGCAGAGCCAGCUCUGUGGCUUACCUUUGCCUCUUCUCUCUUUUUCCAGGCUGCUGCAGCCGCCAGCAGUGGUGCUGCUGCAUCCUCCAACAGCAGCAGCAGCAGCAGCAGUAGCAGUGGUGAGGUGAAGAAUAACUCGCCACAAGCGUUGUUGCUGCAGGGACGGAAAGUUCUGCUGACUUGCUGCAGCGCCUUUGCAACCCACGCGCCUCUGGCAGCCUCGUGGGCUUUUCUUGAGCUUACUACUGCUGCUGCUGCAGCUGCUGCAGAGACACGAUCUGCUGCGUCGAAGCGGGAGCUGGGGGAGCAGCAGCCGCAGCUUUCCCCGCUGCUAGAAUUUGGUUGGCCUUGGGCCUCUUGGCUAGGAAGCCUCAGUGGUGCUUCUAGCCAGCAGCAGCAGCAGCAGCAGGUCAAUAUGUUGCCUUUCGAAGGCAGGGGAGUUACUGCAGCAGCCCUUCAUGUUGCAGUGUGCUCUUCUGAUCGCUCAUUUGCUUCGCUGGACCCUGCUUCGCCCGGCUUUGCUCUGCAGCCACAGCAGCAGCAGCAGCAGCACGUUCAGCAGCAGCAGGAGCAGCAGCAAGUGAAGCAGCAGCUGCAGCAACUGCAGGAAGAGGGUAGCGCAGCGCAGGAAGAUGAGGAAUCUUCAGCUCUCCCGUUUGCUCGAUCGCAUGUGACGGCUUGCUGCGCUGUGCUGCUGCAGCGCUCACGCAUAGCUGCCUCUGCUGCUGCUGCAGUUGCUGCAGCCAAUGCCAGCGCUUUCCCUCUUCUCGUCUCUCCUCCGUGGGCUAACCUCUUUCUUGCCCUGGUGCUGCAUGCAGGCUUAUCGCAGUCGGCAUCUGCUGUUUGGGCUUUGUUUGAGCAGCACCGUUGCGCAGCAGCAGCAGCAGCUGCUGCCACAGCUGAGGCAGCGAAUGGCGGCAGGAGUUGCUGCGUCUGCUGCUGUGGCUGCACUUUGACCAGUAGUAGUGCUGGCCAGGAUGCAGCCUCCCGGAGCAGCAGCAAUGGCCCCAGCAGCAACAGCAGCAGCAGCUGCUGCAGCAGCACAGCUUCGCUAGCUCGAUGGGGUCUUUGCAGCAACGCAGAAGCAGCGCGGUGUGAGGAGUUGGCGCUGUCUCUCGUCUUAGUGCUGCUGCUGGCUGUGAGUGGCACAUCAGCAGCAGCCAGAGUCGCUGCAAAUGGAGAGGUAGCGGCAGCAGCAGCAGCAGCAACAGAGGCAGAUGAUGCUUCUGUUUUGCGGCGCGCUUCACAUUGGAUGCUGCAGCGCUUCCCGUCAAAUCCUUUCUUCCUUGCGGUGCACACACAGCUUGUCUUGCGCUUAGACAGAGGGGGACGCGGCGCUGUGCGGGCUCUCUAUAAGGAGAUGAUGCUGGGACCUACUGGGCUUCCAGCUGCAGCAGCUGCAGCUCCUGCAGCAGCACCAACUGCAGCAGCAACAACAGCCGAAGGCAAGGCGCAGCCGCUGCACUGGUGGCCUUCUGCUGCAACACUCGAAUGCGCAUUUAUGGCGGAGUGGCUCCUUGCGAGCCAAUCUGCGAAAGCUGUUUCUCAAAGGCAGCUCGAACGAUAUGCACAGUUCGCCACUAGGAGCACAGCUCUUCCAUUUGUGCUGCUGCAGCGGCUACCGGGGUCCCCCAAUAGCCUGCCCUGCGGGACGGCAGCGCUGCAGCGGGAGCAGCAGUUUUGGGUUUACCUGCAAGCGUUGCUUCUCAGCAGCAGCAGCAACAGCAGCAGCAACAGCAGCAGCAGCAGCAGUUCCUGCAGCGCCGCUGCACUGCAGGCGUCCCUUGACGGAACGGCCAUUGCGAGGCUCUGCGAGAGGCUGUGGAAUCCACAGCAGCAGCAGCAGCGAGCUGGCCCUAGGGAGUCUCUAACGGAGCAGAAAGAGGAUGAAGAAGAAAAGCAGCAGCAGGAAGAUGAGCUGCAGCAGCAAGCGCAGGCGAUGGAAGAACGUUUGCUGCAGUCGGUUUCUCAGUGCCCCUUCUCAAAAAGGAUGUGGAUGCUGCUGCUGCAUCUGCUGCUCGUGCGUCGGCGGCAGGAGGGAGCUGCAGCAGAAAGAGCCCUAAUGGGGGGAGCAGCAGCAGCAGAGGACUCCGUCUUGCUCCUGGAUGAUGCGCUGCAGCGGGGUCUUUACUUCUGGGGAGAUCCCGUAGCAGCUUUGGCUUCACCGUAA